AUGACUCUCACGACUUCGAACGGAAGCCGGACUCUCCUUCUUACCUUUGACGCUUUCUCGACAGUCUUCCACCCGCGUCCUGCGGUCCCAGAACAAUACGCUUCAACGGCUCAUUCGUUUGGACUAUCACCUAGCGUCGUCACUCCUUCGAAAAUCAAGACAGCGUUCAAAGAGACAUACAAGGCGCAGAGCAAGCGCUGGCCGAACUAUGGAAGGCAGGAAGUCCUCAACGGUCGCUACGGAGGCCCGCGACAAUGGUGGGGAGAGGUCAUAAAAGGUAGUUUUACUCGUGUCAUCAGAGCAGAUGGUCACAGCCUUGGGGGUGUACAUAAUAAUGAGGAGGAGGUCCAGCUUCCGGACGGGUUGGUUGAGAGUCUUCUCGAUCGCUUCGCUAGCAAGGAGGGGUAUGCGCUAUACCCGGAUGUGGAGCCCUUCUUUGAACGAUUAAGAGCUCUACGGAACACUAGCGGGAAUGAUAAACAUGGAUUAUUCUCACGGACAGUGGUUGGAGUAAUCUCCAAUUCAGACGAUCGCGUACCUGCCGUUCUGAAGUCAUUGGGACUGAAAGUCGGGAAUGUUCGUGCAGACCAGGGUAGAUCUAGUAUGGAACUGCCGGGCUUCGAAGAGGGCGUAGAAGGCUCGUCUUCAGAUAGUUCACAGUACAACGAUAUCAACAUGAUUAUUACGAGCUACGAGGCAGGUGAAGAAAAACCGCAUCCGCUAAUAUUUCAGGUCGCCAAGAGGCAAGCAUCAUCGUUUCUGGGCGUGUCUGCAGAAGCAACUAAUACGGAUGACUGGACCUGUGUGCAUGUUGGUGACAACUAUGAGCAAGAUUAUAAGGGCGCUCUGAAUGCGGGUUGGAAGAGCUUUCUUCUCCUUCGUGAUAACAACGAGGGCCCCGAUGACGCUGCUAAAAUAUCGACUUUGGAGGAAUUGCUUCCCAAGUUGGAGGCAUAUGCUGUUGACAGGGACUGA